AUGAGUACUAUACCAUUUGAUCAACAAUACUUUGUGGAAAAGGAUAGAAAUAAUAAAUAUGAAUGGUUAGUAUUUGUCUUGACGGUGAUUACGUUGGGGAUACAUGGUUUAUUAUUCCAUUAUAUACCUAUGUACUUGAAAAGAAAAGGUCCUGAUAGAAAUAAUAGAUAUUUCAAGUUUGUAAGGCAGUGGGAACUAUGGACAAGUUGUGUAAAUUUCAAAGGAUUUUAUUUUCAACCUAGCUUGGUUUUACUAGGGAUAAUAUUUUGUGGGAUUAAUGUUGCAUUUUGUUUUGUAGGAACCAAGGAUUUAGAUUAUCAAGUAAGAUAUUAUAUUAUAUCCAAGAGAAUUUCCAAAGUUGCUAUGGGUAGUAUGCCAAUAUUAUUAUUUUCAGUUAUCAAAAAUGAUGUUUUAACUAGAUUAUCAGGUCUACAAUAUGAUAGAAUUGAAUUUUUACAUAAAUGGUUAAGUAGAUGGAUGUGGGUAAUGAUUACAGUACAUUUAUCAGUGGCAUGUUAUUAUUGGUUAAGUUUAAAUUUUUUAAUUAUGAUUAUUAUCCCACCACAAAUUUUUGGUUUUAUGGCUUACGGUAGUUUUACAUUAUUAAAUUGGGUUAGUUUAAAAUUUAUAAGAGAAUGGGCUUAUGAUUUUUUUCUAGUUCAACAUAGAGUAUUUGCUUUCAUAAUGUUAUUUAUGAGUUUUAUUCAUAAUGCUGGUAAUAGAGCAGCUGUUUUAAUUGCAGUUCAUGGUUUAGUUAUAGAUAGAGUUUUUGCAAAAAUAAUGGCUUAUAUACAUGCUAAAAAGUCACCAACAAAGGGGAAAUCUACAUUUGAAUUAUUGGAUAAAGAUACAAUAUUGAUAACUAUUCCAGUUGAUACUUGUAAUUCAAAAUGGUAUAAUAAAUAUUCAAAAUGGAAAGCAGGUCAACAUAUUUAUUUGAAUGUUUCAAAAGUCAAAUAUUUUCAAUAUCAUCCAUUUACAAUAUCAUCAUUAGCUGAAACGGGGGAGAUGAAAAUACUAAUGAGAGUUCAGAAAGGUUUUACUAAAAAAUUGUAUAAUCAUUUAUCACAAGUUGAUGAUACAGUUACAAUGAAAGUACAUUUUCAUGGUCCAUAUGGUGCAGUUCAUCAGCCAUUUUUAUCAUUUGACGCUAUUUGUUUCUUUGGUGCUGGUAGUGGAGGUGCAUUUACGUUUCCAGUAUGUUUAGAUUUAGUUAAACAAAUUGAACAAAGAGAAAAACAACAAGAUUAUUUAUUCAGAUCAAGGUUUCCUUAUAUAAAAUUAGUAUGGGUUAUAAGGCAUAAAGAAAAUAUGAUAUGGUUUAAACAUAUACUAGAUGAAUUAAUAAAAUAUGAUGUUGAUAUAGAAAUUUACGUUACACAAGAUCCGGAGGAAAUUGAUAGCGAAAAAUCUAGUUUAGAGAAAAACACGAUUUCAGUUAAGUCUAUAUGCAGUAUAAAUUAUGGUAGACCACCAAUUGAAGAUACAAUACAGAAUUUAAAUCAAAAAUCAAUAGCAAUAGCAUCUUGUGGACCAAAACUAUUCACAAAUGCAGUGAAAACUUAUUGUCAAAAAGCUAGAAAAAGUAAGAAAAAUAGUGAUAUAUAUUGUUAUACGGAAAGUUUUUAA